UUUUGAGUAAGAGAAUACCUCACACUGAAUCUCUGAUUACACACGUUACAAAACGAUUGGAGCAAUUAGUUUCUAGUAUACCAGAAGAUUUCUCGCAAACUAUCUUUACACCACAACCACUUUCCAUUGUGACGUUACCACAAGACUCUACUAUACAGUUCCCAAAAGCUGAUAAGCUUGAUAAUAUUUCAUCCCUAACUACUGCAAAAACUAAAUUAAUAACUAAAUCCCCUACAAUUUCAAAACAUAUCCGACCAGAAAUAAAACCCAAACCUUUUUCUACUGUUGUAGAAUUGUUAGAAGAAAUAAAUAUUCAAGAUAUUGCUAUAGAAACUGAAUCAAGUAUUCCAAAAGAAAAACUAGGAGUAUCAUUAGUUGAAACAAAUUUAUUAGCUUCUCCCAAAUCACACUAUCCUUCUAGUCAGCUUAACCCAGUAAUACUUGAAGGAUCUAAUUCUAGUAAUUGGUCUGAAAAGACAUCCCACUUGUAA